AUGGGCAAUUGGCAGUCGUCGCAGCUGUCACAUGAAACUUCUCAACCUGAGGCAUCAAAAUUCAGUUGUCCAUAUCAGUCGGUUAAAGAUCAAUCUGCUAACGCUAAGAAAGAAGGUGUGGCUAAAUCAGUAACUUCUGAGUGCCCAAGGCAUCAAGAUAAAAAGAAGAAUGAACAGGGUGGAUGUACCUCGGAAUCUGAUGAUUUCAAUAUGCCUCCUCCUAAUCAAAGGCCCUCACCUGGCCAACCAUUUCCAUUAAGUAUUGAACGACAACGAUCUACGAUUCCGAAAGCUACAGAAGAUAGUUAUUGGGAAUAUCCAUCGGAACAAAUGUUUUGGAAUGCUAUGCUAAGAAAAGGAUGGCAGUGGAAAAAUGAUCAGAUUAGUGCAAAAGAUAUGAACAAAAUUAUCAAAAUUCAUAAUGCAAAUAACGAGGAAGUGUGGCGUGAAAUCUUGAAAUGGGAAAUGCUUCUACAUCCUGAAUGCAGUUGUCCAAAGUUGAAAAAUUUUCAUGGCAAUGCUCAAAAGAUUUCUCCGCGAGCUCGAAUUAGACAGUUACUGGGAUACGAAUUACCUUUUGAUCGGCAUGAUUGGACAGUAGAUCGAUGUGGCCAAAAAGAUGUUCAUUAUGUAAUCGAUUUUUACGAUGGUGGCGCUGUUGAUCCAAAAUCGAAGUUAUUCACCAUAUUAGAUGUUCGGCCAGCGCUCACAGAUUUGGGAAAUGUGUGGGAUCGGAUGGUUGUUGCUUAUUGGCGCUUCAAAUUUGAAACACUGGUAAUGUUGUUGGUACGCCUUCUCACUGGACGAGCAUGCAGUAAUAUGAUCGGAAAGUGUUCAAUUUAUACCGGUUCGGCGUUCGGUAGCAACAUGAAGGGAGCAACCAAUAUUAUGAAAAGGCGUAUGGCACUUGGUGUGCCACUAUCAGAUCACUUAACACCAUCACAGCGUCGAAAAAUCGGGACGUGGUUAUUGGGAUGUGCUGGAAUGGUUUAUGGAGCAGUUGCUUUGGGGGGUAUCACAAGGCAUGAUUUAAAUCUUCAGAAAGUUCUUUCCAGUUUCUUUUUCUAUUUAAUUAAUCUAAAAUUAGAAUUGACAGAAUCAGGGCUUAGUAUGGUGAAUUGGGAUUUGCUCCAUACGAUGAAUCCUCCAUGGAGUAAGGAUGAAUGGGAAGCAGAAUUUGAACGUUACAAGCAGUUUCCAGAGUAUAAAUUCAAAAGUAGUAACGAAGAGAUGACAUUGGCAGAAUUCAAAUUUAUUUGGGCAAUGGAAUACAUUCAUCGAAUGUGGGGACGGAUGCUGGGUAUCGUUUUCCUAGUUCCCUGUGCAUUUUUCUGGAUAAAAGGUCGUUUCUCUUCUGCAAUGAAAAAACGGAUGUUUACUGUCGGUACUCUGAUUUGUCUCCAGGCAAGUUAUUUUGCUUAUGUCAAGGCAGGACUCAUUGGUUGGUGGAUGGUGAAAUCAGGAUUGGAUCCGAAGAACAAUUCUAAUAAAGAAAUUCCUCGGGUUUCGGAAUAUCGUUUAGCCACUCACCUGACACUAGCUUUUGUUUUAUAUACCAUGUUUUUGUGGACUGGUCUUUCACAUAUUUUUACACCCCAUGAUCAUACAAAUGUUAACAAGAUUGGACAAUUACGCGGUAUGACACAUCUUUCAAAAACGAUGAUAAUUUUGACUGCAGUGAUGGGCGCUUUUGUUGCUGGCUUAGACGCUGGAUUAGUUUACAAUUCAUGGCCGAAGUAUGCAGGAAGCUGGCUUCCAGAAGAUUUGUGGCUUAAAGAUCCGAAGUGGCGCAAUAUUUUUGAAAAUCCAGUAACCGCCCAAUUUAUGCAUCGGAAUAUGGCUUACUUAACGUUGCUUUCGAUAACACUUACAUGGCUUGUUGGACGUCGUAUGGUUCUUAGUCGGCGUGCCAAAAUUGCAUUACAUUCGUUGAUGGGUAUGAUAUACGUUCAGGCCCUUCUAGGCAUAGCUGCUUUGGUGCAUUACGUGCCAGUUUAUUUGGGUGUCUUGCAUCAAAAUGGAUCGAUGGCUGCGAUAACAUUUGCUUUCUGGCUUUCAAAUGAAAUCCGCCGCGUUCCAAAAUAA